AUGUCAACCUCCUCGGGCAACCACCUCCACUCGCGCCCCCUCCCUGCUCCUCCGUUGGGCUACCACCGAACCGACAAGGUGGUGUACGGCGCACAGCAUCAUUGCACAACACAAAGGGAACAUCCAAUUUCCGCUCAAAAGACUUUGACUCUCCCGUACGACGUCAGAACGUAUUUCGCCCUGUUUACCGCAACACCUCCCACUCCGAGUCCGGGGGGCCCCAGAAUUGAGAGGCACUCGUCCUCCAGUCCCACAUAUUCAGAUGAGGAUGACUCCCCCUUUAUGUCCCCUGAGAAACCCAGUGGGGAAGGGACAACCGUCCCGACUUCUAGUUUGUCAGAGGAUGCGGAUCCGGCCACAGCCGAGCUCUUCUCCAGGGGUAUGAAGAGGACCCAGUCGCGCCUCGCCACCAUCCUGCCUGCCAUCUGGAGGGAGGACGCGGAACUGCAGGCGGAUAGCGUAACCGACGCCAAGAUAUCCCCCAUGCACCUGUUUCUGACUGAGAUCUCUAGUGUGUCAGAGUCAAAUGAUGCCAAGUCCAAGGAGGGGAGGACCUCAUGGGAGGGAGAGACAGAGCGGGAGAAGAAAAGGGAUGGGGAGAGAUCAGGGAACUUCCUCCAGCCCUUGAGAGGGGGGAUGCGUCGGUCCCGGUCGCUGGCCACAGAGCUGGGCUCUGCAGAACAGACGUUGGGGCCAGACAGAAACACACAGAUGGGGACAGAGGUGGAGAGGGUGAGGAAAGGCUCCAUCCAGAGAGAUCUAUUCCUCACUGAGAUCUCAAACACAGGAAGGAUGGAUGCAGGCAUGGAGAGAGAUCCGGUGAAGUUCCUCCACCCUCCUGGCUCCCGAUCGCGUCCCUACACCUACACCUGCGCCCCCGGCCUCCCGUCCUACGCUGAGGCAGAGGAGGCAUACUCCAGGGGCAUGAGGAGAUCCCGAUCCCUCCUCUCCGAAAUCACAGUGGAGAGGCAGGAGUCGGAGUCACAGGAGACGGAUAAGGAGACAGAGAAGGGACAGAUGACCAGAGAGGAGUUCCUGAAGGAGAUCCAAUCAGCAGAGACCUUUUUGACAGAGAUCAUAUCCAGACAAAACGCGACCACCUCCAACAAGCAUUGCGAGGACUUGUCUCAGUCACCCACUCCAAUGUCACCAGAAUACGAGUCAAUAUGCAUAGAUCCUGACUCCUCUCAGACCAUCCGUUUCCAAUCAGAGAGUUCCAUACGUACAUCAAACAGAGGCAAAGACGAUGUAGCACCGGAGGCCAUUUAUGCCCAAGUGACUAAACGGGCAAAAAAGAGUGAGAUAAAGGUCACUAUACGGCCUGAGAUCCCAGUGCUGCAAAUAGGAUCAAAUAAACAGUUUGUCAAACAGGAAGAGGAACGUCCCACACACACGACCUGCCUCAAGGACUCACCCAGCUCACUCACAGAUCCCACCGCUGACACCAACUCUCACCCAGACUCUCAGCCCCAGCCUGGUGACUUUGUGUUCUCAGCGAUAAUGCCAAAAAAUGGCCUCCUCCUUUACCAAACAUUCCCCAGUACAAAAACAGAGGAGGACGUUUCAGAAGGUCCAGCCUUACCUGUAAGAGAAACGCAGAGAGUCAGUGAAAGGGUCGAGCUCUCAAGACAAGCUCAAGUUCAGUCUUUAUCUCAAGACAGUGUUACUGGAGGAGUGGAAGAGUCUGAAAAGAAACCCUGUGAUGAUGAGUCACCUAUUUAUGUAGAUGAGAAAGAGAGCAGGGGUCAGAAUAAUGUUGGGGAAAGGAGUUGUGAGAGAAUGAAAGGUGAUGCUGAGGUCAGAGAUACAGGGCAAGGAUGUCAGAAGCAGGAAGUUGUUGAUGACAUUUUACAUGACUUAACAACAGAGACAUCAGAAACAGAUAGAGCAUGUCAAAUUGAAUCUAAAGAUCACAAGGAAGAAGGGUCAGAGAGUUCAAAAGGUUGUGAGAGUCAAAUGAAGAACAACACAUCACAUUGUUCUACUGCUCAGUCACAUGACCCAAAUGUUGAAAGCUAUUUACAAAUCAACAAACAGAAUUCACAGAUCAACCAAGAAGGAAGGUCAGACCCAAGUCAAAAGAGCCCUGCAGCUGUUCCCACCACCCCAGACUGGGACCCAUCCUCUGACCUCUCUCUCUCCACCAUGACCCCCUCAGACUCAUUCAUUUCAUCUUUGACCCCCAGUUCAGCCGACUGUCUGACCCCAGGUGACCCGUGUGUUGGAGGUGAAGGACCAGGUGGUUGGAGGCUGCUGGGGACAGAAACCCCCCACAGAGACUCAGCCUACUUCUCUGACAGUGACUGGGAAGGGGAGGGGCUUAGCAGGAAGAACAGUGAUGGACUGAGCGUGACCAGACCCGGCAGUGGACGAGGCGGAGAGAGGGGGACGCUGACAGGAAUAGAAGAGAAGACAGAAUUAGAGGAUGAGGGAGAAACCGGGGGAAAGAGUCCCUUGAAGAGGAUUUCAUAUAAGGGAAUUGACAUUGAGAGGGAAAAGGAGACAGUUCUUGAACAGAAUGCUCAUGUGCAGGAUAUCUCUCAAAACAGUGAUGAUGGAUAUAAAGACAUGUCGAGUAUUCAGGAGAGCUAUCUCAGUCUGAAAGAAGUAGAACAUAAAACAGGGUUAGAAUCAGAACAGAGAGAAGACUCUGGAAUGUUCCACAAUGAGAGUGGAGAGUCAGAUGAAAAGGGACUAGUCCAUCCGGGACUCCUGUCUGAUAACUCACAGACCAAGGAGAACAAUGAGUUUAUAGCUAAGCUGUUCUCUAACUUAGAUGAUGCACCUCUCAAAGGGUUCUCUUACAAUGAUGGAACUCAAAUUUGUAAUCAUUACACAGAAGGUGUGAUUUCUCAUGUGGAGUCGAAUGAUUUUAGAUUCCAUGACUCCACAGAUAAAGACUUGACAUUGCCUUCUAAUAGUACCACUAAGACAGACUGUUUGAAAAUAAUAUCUGCCAUUCAGACAAAGGAUAACAAACUUGAGAAUGAAGAACUCCCAGGUAUUGAAGAUAGAGAAAAUGAUAAUUCCAUGAAAGACACUACGGAUCCAGUGACGGUGUUACAUGGCGACCAUGAUAACAGAGAAUCCAGGCUAUCUAGGUUCUACGGUAUUCAAACCAGCGAGGUCAAACUCAGUGACGAUAUUCCAGUAGUACUGGAUCCCAACGAUGGAGAGAGCACCAAUGACGAAGAGAGAAAACUGGCCUCUUCUUUCUGGGCCGAGGGGGUCACUGAGGUGUCUGAAAGAGAAGACGGACAAGAUCUGGAGAUUCAACACACCGACGCCAAUGAGCUUGGCCUGAGAAACUUGUGUUACUCAGAGGAAAGCGAAGACGAGAGAGCCAAGGCCAAAUCAGAGACAGAGAAACAGCUUGCUGCUGGAGAGCUGUGUAACGCCAUGAAGGAGAAAUCUCCUCAGAGAGGACCAGUGACGGGGAGCCAGAGUGGGUCUUUGAGCAGGGAUGGAUCUGCUGAGACUGUGGACAGGGAGUCAUCUAAGGAUCUGGAGAUGAAGGCUAAAGAGCUGUGGAACACUCUGGAGGAGGGGGAGGGGAGAGGGGGAGGAGUGGUGAGGGGCGAGUUCGACUGUCACCGUUUCCAGCAGGGAGACCUGCACCUGUGGCCAUCGGAGAACGACCAGUGGGCCUCGCCGGAGAACAGAAGCCAGGAAGCUGAACUCGGAUUGGAAUUCUUCUCAGCGUUCGGAAAGACCUGGGAGGAGAGGGAGCAGCUGGUGGUAGGCCGGGAAUUCUGGGAGGCUGAGGAGAACGAUGAACUGGCGGGGAGUGAGCCUCAUCCAGCCGUCCUCCAAGAUAACGAAGAUACUUCUAAUGACGAGAGGCAGGGACGGGUAGCCUACCUGGAAAUAAAGGGAGAGUUGUCCCAGAAACAGGCUCCCUCCAGUAGCAUUGACAGUCAGCUAUCCCAGGCACUGGAUGUACAUCGAGAGGAAAAUAUAGAAAAUCCAGAUAGGUUUGACGAUAAUGAUGUUGAAGGUGAUCAAAAUGUUGAAGGUGUUCAGCUAGUGGUUGAGGUGGAAAACCGAGAAAUCCCAGAGCAUGAGACCAAUGCAAGAGGGAGGGAGGAGUUCAGGUCACUCACUGAGAUGGGUGGAGACAGUGAGGGUCAAACUGCAUCUCUUCUAAACAAUUUGGAUGGAAACAUUGCUCAAGAUGAGGGAAAUCAGAACUUCAACAGGUUGAAUCAUCUCAGUGAAGUCCAAAUGGAAGAAGGGGCAAUGGCAGAAAAUACCAUAGAAAAAGAACAGGACUUUGAAUUAGACAACCAUCUUGCUCCCACAGUAAAGAGUAUAUAUAUGGGUGUAUCUAUCUGCCUCACUGGAGUACCACAGGUAGAUUUGUCAGGAUUACAUCAUAUUGAGCCAAGCAUACACAUUGAAGAAGCUGACUCUACUCGCCAGCUUGUGGGGGAGGACAGAGAAGGGGGAGUAGACAUUGUAACCACAGGUGAGGAUUUGAGAGACAUAUCUCUUCUAUGUGACCCGGUGUCUUAUCCCAAUGAUAAUGACUUGGAGGAUAUAGCCUCUUGUACAGAUCCGUCUGGUUCACAUGGAGACAACUUUCAGUUCAGUUCUGUAGACUUUCCCAGCCCUCCUCCUAGCAUAGAUCUUGAUAUGCAAGAAGACAGGCUGCAGAGUUUAGAUGAUUCUUUUCCUAGUCCCCCACCUUCUGUCAUAGAAAUAGACGACGAUCAGGGUCUUAUAAACCUUGAUUAUUUGGGCUCAGAUUUCAUUACCAGUGCUGAGAGAGACCCAACAAUGCCCCCCACUCCUCACACUGAUAUCCCAGAGCCGCCCCCCUUACCACCCGCCACAACCCACAGCAGAGGGAUCUCUGCAAACCUCGACCUUUCACCUGUACAUCCAACACUUCCAUUAUUCUCAGGUGAAAGCCAGAACCAGAGCCGCCUCACAUCAAACAUGUCCGAGGAUGACAGAAAUAACCUGUCCCAGAAAAACACAACCACCACUUCCACCACACUUACGUCAUUGCCCCAGAGUAACUUCAACACCAUCCCAGAGCUGUUGAUCUCUGAGUGGAAGGAUUUGGACGAGGAGCCUCUGGAAGACUUUGAGAAACUGGAGCAGCUGUGUUGCAUAUCUGGGGAUGAGGAGGACACCAUGGGUGACCUCUUCCUGGGGAAUCUGGAGCUGUUGGAGUCUAUGAAGAAGACGCCUGAGCAGAAAGCUAAGGGUUCUGGAGAGAGCGAUAAGGGUGAAGCGACCUGUGGAACCUCCAUGCCUGAGGGGAAGAGGAGAGUGGAACUGAAAGAGGAAGUUGAUGGAAUCUCUGAGAGUGCUGACUGGCUGGCCAGGUCGGUUCCAUCGGCGGUCCAGGACAUCCCAACUGGGGCUAAACUUUCACCUCAGGAGGAGAGGCGUGAACUACAGUUCCCAUCAGCUCUUUCACAAUGUCAUUCUCCUGACUCCAAGGACCAGAGGUCAAUUUCCAAGAUGCCCACUAAAAAUGGCCUAAUGAUGCAGGUGUGUGAGGAGAGACUGCAGUUCUCUCUCUGUGAGAAUGUUAAAACAAACGUCCUCCGGGGGGCGACAGUGAGCGACAGCGUCAUUCUCCGCCCAUGGGGAGACCAGCCCUUAGAUGGGGGAGGAGACACAGUCAGUGUGAAGGAUGUAGGAAGCGAAGAGGAGCCGGACACCGAACCCAAUUCUGAACCCCAGAGUGAGUCUGAUGCGACUGACAGUGAACCACUGACUGUGAUCCAGCAGCCAGAAGUUACACCCCCUCAGCCUGUGGCAAACCAAGCAAUGAAAGCCAAACUGGCUCGCCUGUCCCUCUCCCUCUCCCUCCCUCCUCUCCCUCUUGCUCUCCCUCUCUCCUCCAGUCCCAAGGGAGGGUUCAGGGAGGGCGGGCUACACAGAGACAGGAGUGGGAGACGGAGGGGUGCGUCCCCAGGAAGUGACCCCGAUGAGGAUGAGGAAGAAGAGCAGGAAGACGAAGGCUCCAGGAGGGUGAUUGUUGUCACUGAAACAGACGUUGGCAAAAGGGUCGGGCUCAGGAGUCUGCUGAAGUCGCCAAGGGAACCGGUAGACAAAGAGAAAGACAGAGGGAAAAACGUGUCCUUUUUUGAUGAUGUCACUGUCUAUCUCUUUGAUCAGGAAACUCCAACCAGUGAGCUGAGUAGUUCCACCUGCACCAGUCCAGCUCCAGCUCCUAACAAAAGCACUAAAUUUGAUUUACAUGGAGCAAACAGCAAAGGCAAAGACUCCAAAAGAAAAGGGGACUUGUCAGUCAAACCGAGGUCGCCCGUGGGGGCCAACCCAGUGACAUCCUCGCGUUUUACCGUCAGCCCAGCCGAUGACCCCCACUUGGUGUGAGGCAGGGUUCCGGAAUCCUCUGAGUUGUUCUGUAACCCUCAGAACAGGAACCUUCUGAGAGUGGCCAGUGGAUUCCCCUCCAACCAUAACCAUUUUCAGAGGCUAUUUUUUUAUCGAUCAGGCAACGGAAAGAAAAGACCCCCGUUCUAAAAGCUGGACACAUUCCAGGUUUAACCAGCUACCAGUCCUUGUACGAGAAAGGUUGUUGAUAUAAUAACUCCUCCCUUUGCCACUGAAUCCUAGGGUCGAUUUAUAGACACUGGCUGGAAGUGGUUGAUGGCAAAGGCAGUUUGUCCUAGGCGAAGAACAGUCUGGAGCUUUGUCAAAUCUGAAACGGAUUGACGGCUAUGCAAUGGGAGUCAUUGUGUACCAGCUUACCUUCUCUUUACCUGCUUCUUUCGGUUGUCUUUACCCAGUAUGUACUGGGGAUGCACUUUCUUUUAGUCAUGUAUCUGUCUAUGUGGAAGCUUGGAUUGAAAUCUUAACUUUGUAAAAACGAUUUUCAUUGCAGUCAGUCAUACUUGUAGGCAGCAGUUGGGGCCAGAAAACAAUCUUAACUCCUGUAUUUGAGAGUACUCAUUCAACAUUUGUGUACAAAGAUAGUGAUACAAGUGUAUACAAUAUAAUUUUAGAGCUGUUUAAUUUAGAUGUAUUCUUAGACUGCACGAAAAGAUGAAAACAAGCUAUGUUUCUAUAUACUUUUAUUCUAAAAGUCUAUGUCUAGCUAUUAUUUAUUUAAUGUAUUCAUUAUUUAUUUAAACAUUAUUUCCAUGCUUUGUAAAUAUUGUUUAUUUAUUUUGGUGCAAUUAAUUUAUCUCUCAGAAUUGUUUGGGACAAAAUGCAUCUAAGUAAUAGCUUCUUGAUUGAAUUAUUCUUCAUAACAAAUAAAGCAAGAUAUUUUCCCCAACCCCCAAAAUUAUUUAGUAUAAUUUCAUUUCUUUAUAACUGCCAUCCUGUGCUUAACUUAUGUCCUCAACUUGUAGGGUUUCCCAAACUGGGUCCUGGGGCCCCCACGGGUGCAUGUUUUAGUUUUGUCCCAGCACUACACAGCUGAUUCGAAUAACCAACUCAUCAUCAAGCUUUGAUGAUUUUAAUCAUCUGUGUAGUGCUGGGAAAAGGGGGGGCAGGACUGAGUUCGGAAAACCCUGCUCUAAUAUAUAUAUAACAUGUUUAAUUAUUUUCUAAUAUGAUUCAAUGUAUAGUUGUCUUGUCAUAAUUUGACUUUGUUUGAGGACAAUGAUAGCAUGAUAAUACGGAAGCUUCUCAUCGGUAAAUAUCUCCAAAGGUUCAUGUAUUUGUUGAUUUACAUUCAUUUUCUACUAAUAGCAACCCAUCAUGCAGUCAAGCUCCAACUAGUCCUUUUGUUUAGUCUGUUUCAAUCUGUUUAAAACCUGUAUUGUUUAAAGAAUGGCUUUCAUGGGAUGCUGUAUGAAACCAGGGGAAAUGAAAACAACAUCAAAACUGUGAAACAUUUAUUGAACUGUUUGAUGAAAAUAAAUUGUACUGUCUUAUA